GUAAAAGUUUAUCGCGGGAAGCCGGUCGCACGUGCGUGGCGUAAACAAACGACGAUCGCGGGAGCAUGGUGGCUGUGUUGUGUCUGUGACGCGCAUAGGGAUGAUCUAGCCGGGCAGCGAGGGCAGAGGCAACAUGAUUUGCAGGUGGCUAGUGUUAUUAUCGACAACGCUAUGGACGCAUCUUACAACUUCGUAUGCAGACGAUUCCUUUGCGUUACCUCCAUCGUUCGCAGACAGUCCUGUACUAGGAGCUCCUGAUGACUACAAUAUCCUGGAUUCGGUAAAAAUUCCACUUCAAGAUGCCAAGACGCAAUACGUAGACGAAAGCGACGACGGAUUCCCUGCUUUCGGAUUUCGAGUAGGAUCCGACAUUAAAAUAGCGCACAGGCAAAUACUCCCGGAAAAGCUGAGCAGCGAAUUCUCCAUUUCCAUCAACGCUAAACCGAAAUCUAAACGGGGUGGGUUCAUCUUUGCCGUCGUCAAUCCGUACGAUACGGUCGUCGAAUUGGGUGUUAGGAUAGCUCCAGAGAAUGGCUCCACUACGGUCAUAUCUUUAUUGUACACCGACCCUACCGAAGCUGUCUCACACAGCAUCGCGAAUUUCACCGUGCCUAGAUUCUACGGCAGAUGGACCAGGUUCGCCUUCAGGGUAACUACAGAAAAUGUAACUCUUUUCUUCAACUGUAGCGAAACAGACACCGUAGUGUUACAAAGGAAACCUUUAGAGUUGGUUUUCGAUUCGGCGUCCACUUUGUAUGUGGCACAGGCCGGGCCUAAUAUUCAGGAGUCCUUCGAGGGCGCCCUGUCACAGGUUAAAAUCUAUCUGGACCCCAACAUGGCUGCCGAGCAAUGUAAAACGGAUUUCCAGGACAUUUUGCCUACGGAGGAUUAUUCCGACAAUGAGAUAAGUCAGUUCGUAGAUACCUUAGUCGAGCGCACUGAUUACGACAAUUCUUUUCGGGAAGGAAGUGGCGCCGACGAAUUGGGGGCGUUCCCGCCGCCCCCGCCACCCCCAGACGGUAAGACGUGUUUGUGCAACUUUAACGAAAACUGCUGUAACGUGGUAUUUAACAAUAAACAAGCUGCCGGUGGUGGAAUGAGGGGAGAGAAGGGCGAAAGGGGGCUCCGGGGUCCUCCGGGAGAUUCAAUUAGGGGACCGCCCGGUCCACCCGGUCCACCAGGACUUCCCGGUCCUGCCGCUCCUGAGGGUGUGUGCAGCUGUAACCUCACAUCUAUUAUAAGUUCUCUUGGAGGCAAUCAGCCAUAUUCACCAGCAUAUUCGACCAUACCGGGUAAAGAAGGAAACCCCGGAAUGCCUGGUGAACGAGGUCUUCCCGGAGAGAAGGGCGCGUCUGGUCCAAGAGGUGAUAAAGGCGAACGAGGUGAAAGAGGUCCUCCAGGUCCUAGUGGACCUCCCGGUGCGAAGGGUGAACCCGGCGUUGACGGUGCUGCGGGUCAGCCUGGCCCGCCUGGUCCUGCCGGGCCUCCAGGUCCGAUCGAGUUCGAAAAUGUUGACCCGAGCUGGAAAACUCGUAGCCCUUUCAAGGAUACACUAGGUGGUUCCAUGGUUCGACCUGGAGUACCAGGAGCAAAAGGGGAACCGGGAAAACAAGGACCGCAAGGUGUGAAAGGCGAUAGAGGUGUGGCGGGUGCUAAGGGAAGUAAGGGAGAUCUGGGUCCUAAAGGAGAUAGAGGAGAUCGGGGAUUACCGGGCGAAAAAGGACCACCAGGUCCAAAAGGCGAUGAUGGCGCGCCGGGAUUGGACGGCAUUCCUGGAAACCCUGGGGUUACUGGAAAGGAAGGCCCCAAAGGAGAGCCUGGUCCGCCAGGUUUGCCUGGGAUAUCUAUAUCCAGCGAUGGGAGUACCGAUUUCAUACCUGGUCCGCCAGGACUCAAGGGAGAGCCUGGAACUCAGGGCCCUAAAGGUGAUAGAGGCGUCGAUGGUGAACCUGGCACACCCGGUGCUACAGGGUUACCAGGUUCAGUUGGAACCACCGGAAAAAAAGGCGAACCUGGAGUGGACGGAGCGGUGGGUCCCGUGGGACCUCCGGGUUCCAAAGGCGAAAAAGGCGAAAGAGGACCGCCUGGUGCUAUUAUAAUGGCGGACGGAACAGAAAAAAUAAUUACUUUAAAGGGUGAAAAAGGUGAUUCUGGGAAACGAGGUCGUCGUGGUCGACCAGGUCCGCAAGGACCGCCAGGACCCCCAGGAAAAAUUGGAGAAAUUGGUCUUCCGGGAUGGAUGGGCAGACAAGGUCCACCAGGUAUACCAGGCCAAGCCGGGCCGAAGGGAGAAAAAGGGGAUUCUUGGGGAGCGGGAUCGGUAAGCAGCACAACCUUCGAACAGAAAGGUGAAAAAGGAGAUAAAGGUGAACGCGGCACCGAUGGUAUCCCCGGCAAAGACGGUAUACCGGGUACUCCGGGAAUACCGAAUUCGCGUUCAUCCGAUGACGCAUUAAGAUACAUUCCUGUACCAGGACCUCCCGGUCCACCGGGACCACCUGGUAUGCCCGGUUUGUCAAUAACCGGACCAAAAGGUGAACCCGGUGCUCCAGCUUAUGGAGAACCAAUGUUUAAUUCUAGACCCGGAGUGAAAGGAAGUCUAGAGGAAUUGCGAGCUGUUAAGGAAUUGAAGGAUUUGAAAAACGUCAGGAUCGUACCAGGACGAUCAACGGCUAGUCCCCCGGUAUUCACGACGUCUCCGGAUCAGCAAGCUGCCGCCAUCGUUCCCGGAGCGGUAGCGUUCCGGGACAGAGAUGCAAUGACGAGAAUGUCCCAAGACAGUCCCGUCGGAACACUGGCAUACGUCGUGGAAGAAGAAGCCCUACUUGUCAGGGUGAACGGGGGAUGGCAAUACAUAGCUUUGGGCUCGUUGCUGCCAGUUACCACCCCCGCGCCCCCGACUACCAGCGCGCCACAGCUUCAUCCCCCGUUCGAGGCAAGCAACUUGAUUAAUCACAUAUCCAAGCCCGCGGAAGUUGCGAGUUGGCUUCCCAAAAUGCUUCGCAUGGCAGCACUCAACGAACCCUACACUGGUGACGUCCAUGGUGUCCGAGGAGCAGAUUACGCGUGUUACAGAGAGUCGCGAAGAGCUGGACUCAAAGGCACUUUCAGAGCUUUCCUGUCUUCGAGGGUACAGAACGUUGACUCCAUCGUAAGGCAGGCAGACCGCAGGUUGCCGGUUUCAAACCUGAGGGGCGAGGUGCUGUUCAAUUCAUGGUCAGAAAUGUUCAACGGGGACGGAGCGCCGUUCCCUCAUCCUCCGAGAAUAUACUCCUUUAACGGAAAAAACGUCUUAACAGACAUGUCGUGGCCCGUUAAAGCGGCAUGGCAUGGAGCGUUACCGGAUGGCACUCGCGCCCUGGACACAUCCUGUGACGGAUGGCACACUGCGUCGAAGGAUAAGUUUGGCCUCGCUGGCAGUCUCAAGGGGCCAAGGCUGCUGGAACAAGCUUCACAUUCCUGCGAAAACAGACUAGUCCUGUUGUGCAUCGAAGCUACGAGCGAAAUAUUCGUACAGAGGCGGAAAAGGGAUGCAAUAGAUGGCGUGGAUGACGUUCCGUACUUAAGCGAAGAUCAAUACCAGGAGCUAUUGAUUACGAUACGCUGAAGUCGUGCGAUAGUCAAGCCGAAUGUUCGACCCCAGAAAAAUCCGCAGCCAAUUAAAUCAGCGUCUAUUCGUAUAAGGAAUCGGUGUCAAGUUAUAAUACAAACAAAUACGAUUUUUCAAUGUUUUACGCAUAACCAAAUACCUGUACAUACAUUUAAUGAAAGUGUUAUCGUUUUAGGCGGAACGCAGUGACAAAUUUUGGCGGCCCUUGACAUUAACGAUAAUGAUUGGCAAACAACAUAUAAAUUCGAAAAGGUUUUCAUUCUUGAAAAAGCACGAGUCGUCGUAGCUUAGUAUUUAUUAUUAAAAAACGGUAACAAAUAAAACUACCAUUCUGCCAAUAGAUUUAAGAAGGGUUUUAAUAGACUUAAAUGACCGACCGCAGUCAGAAUUUGCCAUCUAAUUUUUAGUUUCAUUUUUGUAUAGAUCAUUGCAUAUCUGAUUAACAUAUCUCUCUAGUCGUCGAUGAUGAGGGUUGCAUUUUUCGGUUCUUAUUUAAAUUGCUAUAGAUAUUGUAUUGUAUUGUAAAAAGAGCGUGAAAAAGGAGAUGGAACCACCAUGAAACCACCAUUUUUAGUGCUUUAAAACUUAUUCACAACAAGAUGUGGUUACUUUUUUUUCGCUUUAAACUUGUUGAUUAUUUAAUGUUGAUCGACUGCAAAAAGUGCAAUUUUGACGUAUUUACUUACGGUUUAACCGGUUACUGCCAGGUAAUAAGGUAUUUUUUUGAUAAAUGUUUAAUUAGAAGUGGAUGUUUCCAUUUAAGUAAUAUAAUAAUAAAAUGAUUUAGUAACGAAUUCGUUCAUACUUUGGUUUUGGAAAAUUUGGCGACCAUCUUGGCUAGAAAUGUUAACAUUAAGUAUUUCACGUAGAUUUCAAACACUAAAGCAAAAUAGGGAGUUUCCAUUUAGUUGCUCUCAAAGUUGUUUGUGCCACUUGGUACGAUGUGAAUUAAUUUUAAAAACUGCCACUUUUUUCUUUAUUUAUUUACUUGCCCUUGGGCAUAAUAUUUACUCAACGAUCACGAAAUCUUGAUAAUGCGUUUAAUUGCUGCGCUAAAAUUAAAUUUUAAAAUGAGUUCUCGCUGAUUAUUUCGCCCAAAACAUCUCGCUAGAAAAUGCAAAACUUUUCAUCAGCACGGCAAAUGAAUAUUUAAUGUCUAGUUAAUUAGUGAAAUUUAGUUUAUAUUUUAUAUACUUUUUGUAUAUUGUGCGACUUUCACAUUUCGAUUAGACUUUUUAUUAGGAACUUUCUGGAUGCUGACAUUCUGCCUAUCCCACAAUAAUUGUCGCUAAAUAUGAUAAUAAUUAGAACCGAUCAUCCAGAAAUUUCCUAGCUCCGUAUUAGUGUAUUAUGAAUGUUCGACGAACUGAAUGUAAAUAUCCACAGAUCGUUAAUGGGAGAUUCGGUGUAAAUGUGUCAAAUAGCGUACUGAAGUAUAGUGUAUUUCUAUUAAAUUAUUUAUAGAUGUUCAAAU